AUGCCUUCUAUCUUGAAACUGAUCUCGUUGUUUGCUUUGCCUCUAGUCUGGGCCGUUCCGGCGCAAAGGAGAGCACCUACAGCCAACCCAACUGUUAUCAUCUCCAAACCUGAGACCACUGUUGUUGGCUCCACGGGUCUCAAUAAGAUCGAUGAAUUCAACGGCAUCCCGUUCGCACUGCCUCCGACUGGCUCCCUUCGGUUGAAACCACCUCGACCAAUCCAAACAUCCCUUGGAACCAUCCAGGCUACUUCCGCUGCGAGGUCCUGCCCGCAAUUCAGUUUUAGCACAGACGAAAGAGACUUCCCUAGCUCUAUCAUUGCGAAGCUCAUCAAUGUCCCACUUUUCCAGGAGAUCACCAAUGCUGGCGAGGACUGUUUGACUCUCGAUGUAUGUCGUCCUUCCGGAACCCAGGCAGAUGCAAAGCUACCGGUGCUGGUCUGGAUCUUCGGUGGUGGCUUUGAACAAGGUGCUACCACAAGCUAUGAUGGAUCACACAUUGUGAAAAGCUCUGUGAAACUGGGUAUGCCAGUCAUCUUUGUGGCUAUGAACUAUCGUCUCGGAGGGUUUGGUUUUAUGCCGGGCGCAGAGAUCCGGAAAGAUGGCUCCGCCAAUCUCGGACUUCGGGACCAGCGUCUUGCUCUGCAAUGGGUCGCCGACAACAUCGCUGCAUUUGGAGGCGAUCCGGCCAAGGUCACCAUUUGGGGUGAGUCUGCUGGCGCUAUCUCGGUGUUUGACCAGAUGGCCAUGUAUGACGGUGACAAUAUUUACAACGGUGUACCGCUUUUUCGCAGUGCCAUAAUGAACUCCGGUAGCAUUGUGCCUGCAAAUACCGUCGAUGGCACGAAAGGCCAGGCUGUAUAUGAUACUGUUGUGAAGAACGCUGGCUGCAGUGGUGUCAGUGACACCCUCGCAUGUCUACGCGAGCUGGAUUAUACCAAAUUCCUGAACGCUGCCAACUCAGUCCCGGGCAUUUUGGGUUACAAUUCGGUCGCCGAGUCAUAUCUGCCUCGUCCGGAUGGCACGAUCUUAACUCAAUCACCGGACCAACUCGUCAUCCAAGGCAAAUAUGCCUCGGUGCCAUUCAUCAUCGGGGACCAAGAGGAUGAGGGCACUAUCUUUGCUCUAUACCAAAGCAAUUUGACCACAACCGAUGACAUCGUCGACUAUCUACAGGAUCUAUAUUUCUUCGACGCCUCGCGACAGCAGCUUGAAACUUUCGUCGCCACUUAUCAAGAUAUUAAAGAAGAUGGCUCACCCUUCCGCACGGGAUCCCUUAACAACUGGUACCCGCAAUAUAAACGACUGGCGGCCAUCCUGGGUGAUUUAUCUUUCACCCUUACACGCCGGGCCUUCCUGAACUACGCCCAGAAAGUGAAGCCCGAUGUUCCUUCCUGGUCUUACCUCUCAACCUACGACCAUGGCCUUCCUUUCCUAGGAACCUUCCAUGGGUCCGAUGUUUUGCAGGUGUUCCAUGGUAUCCUGCAAAACUACGGAUCCAAAGCCAUACACUCAUACUACUUGUCAUUUGUGUAUGAGCAAGACCCCAAUGCAAGGGCUUGGGAUUAUAUGGAUUGGCCACAAUGGACUAAUAAUCAGUCGCUGAUGGAAUUUUCCAUCCACCGUGGUGGCCUCUUGCCGGAUAACUUCCGUCAGGAUAGCUAUAACCAGAUCAUGGCGGAUCCUGCUGCGUUCUAUAUCUGA